GCAGUCUCGGGCGAUGGCCCAGCAGCAAGGGGCACCGCUGGAGUGCUGCGUCGUCUGCUUCGAGGAGUCCCCGCGGUACGCCGCCGUCGGCCGUUGCGGGCACGCCGACGUCUGCUGGCUGUGCGCGAUCAGGCUCCGUGCUUACCUCAACGAUUUACGAUGUCCAGUCUGCAAGGAGACCCUCCAAGAGGUCGCGCUCGUCCGCGGCGAUGGCGAAGGUGCCCAGGCUGUGGAGCUCCUCGCAGAGGGCGCGGCGCCGCGACGCCUGCGGGAUGAGCGAUUUGGUAUGAUCUAUUGCUCCGAGGCGGCGCGCGACGAGGCAGAGUCGCUGUUCGACUACAGCUGCCACGUCCAAGAGUGCACCGAGACGCAAAGCUUCGACACCCUAGACAGCCUGAAGGCACACGUUGCCAAGGAGCAUGGCCUGCAGUACUGCCAGACAUGCCUCAUGAGCCGCAAGGUCUUCGUCUGGGAGCAGGCGCUGUACGGCCCGGAGGAGCUGGCGCGCCACCGCGCGGAGGGCGACCGGCCACGGUCGCUGGGUGGCCGACAUUUUCCGCCCACACCGCCGCACGCCGAUUGUGGUUUCUGCAAGCGCGGCUUCUACGACAAGGAGGAGCUGCUGCAGCACAUGCAGCAGCGCCACCACCUGUGCGGGAUCUGCGAGAAGCAGGGCCGAAGCGGCGAGUAUUACCGCGACUACAGCUACCUUUCGUGUCACUACCAGGAGCGACAUUAUGUUUGCACCCACGGCGACUGUCAGCAGGGCCCGCAUAGGCUGGUCGCCUUCGCCACGCCCGAGGAGCUGCAGGUUCACGAGAUCGCCCAGCACACUGAGAUCGAGCCCAGGAAAGCGCAGCGCGGGAAGAAGUCGGGCGGCGUCCGCCUGGCAAUCUCGAUGGGCGCGGCGCCGUACCGGGAGGAGCAGGAGCAGCGGCGGCGGGGCCAGCAAGCUCCCCGGCAGCCUCCAGAGGUGCGCGAGGCGGCGGCUGCAGGAGGCGGCCCAGCCCGGUCGCUCGCCGACAUCCCCGUGCGCUUCAUGUGGACCAAGGAACGCGUAGCAUGGCCCGGCGCCGCCAACAGGGCCCGAAUCUCCAGGUGGGACGCGCCCUGGCUCGGGAUGAGCUGCGCCACCGGCGGCCCUGCCAUAGUCCGCGUUGUGAACGCGUUGAACGUGAAGCGCGCGGUCUCGAGCAGAGUCGGGGGCGAAGCGGCCAUUCGCCUCUUCAGCAGAGGGGCGGCGUUAAAGCACUGGCAUCUGAUUUCCUCGCUCCCGCUGCCAGAGAGCUCGGGCGUCCAGACCGUAGAGGUGGUCAGAGUACCUCACCCGCUGCUGGUCACCGCCUCCUCAGACGCAACCGCACGAGUCUGGAAGCUCACCACGGGCGAAUGUUGGCGCGUGUUGGUGGGCCAUGCGGGCACAGUGAAGUGCGCAAGUGUAAGUGCUGACGGUGAGACUGCUCUCACAGCCUCUAGCGAUCGUACCGCCAAAUUGUGGUCGGUAGAGCGCGGCGAGUGUCUACGCACCUUCGCGGGGCACACCGGCGGCGUCCUUUGCGCCGCCAUGGGCUUCGACAAGGUCUUGACAGCGUCCGAGGACGGGACUGCGAGGCUCUGGUCGCCUGGCGACGGUGAGUGCAUUCGCAUUUUUUCUGGCCACACGAAGACCGUCUGCUCGGCAGCCUUCAGCCCAGAUGGGCUCAGCGUCGCCACUGCCUCGGAGGACGGCACUGUUGGGCUGUGGUCGGCGGUGAGCGGCCAGCGCUCUCUGGAGUUGCGGGGCCACAGGGGUAGCGUGACGUCCGCCGUGUUCGGCUCCGACGGCUGCAUGGUGCUCUCCGCCUCCGCGGACUGCACCGCGCGCCUGUGGUGGGCGGACUCCGGCGAGUGCCUGCAGGUCCUGGGGGGCCACCGCGACCCCGUGCGGAGCGCCGUGUUCGGACUCAACAACCGCGCAGUGGUCACCGCAUCUGGCCGCAGCGCCCGGCUGUGGGCCGCCGUCGGCUGGGAGUGCUCGCAGGUGCUCCGCGGGCACGCGGGCCCUGUCCGCUCGGCCUCGUUCACGCCCGACGGCCGCGCCGUGGCUGCCGCGUCCGACGACGGCACGGCGCAGCUGUGGGCUGCAGAGGACGGCGAGUGCCUCCGCACGCUGGACCGCGGCGAGCGCAGGGUCCGUGCCGUGGCCCUCAGUGCCGACGGCAGGCUGGCCGGGACGGCGCCGUCGGGCGGUGCAGUGCGGCUGUGGGCGAUGCCGACGGGGGAGGUGGCGCGGGAGCUGCAGGGCCAUGGCGGCAACGUCCUGGGCCUCGCCUUCUCGCCAGACGGCUCGCGGCUGGUCACUGGCUCCGCCGACGGUACCGCGCGGGUGUGGGCGACGGACAGUGGCCGCUGCGACGCGGUCCUGGACGCGGGCGGCGGAGGAAGGGUGUUAUCGGUAGCGUUCAGUCCAGAUGGGCAGGAGGUGGCAGUCGCGUCCAGCACUGGUGCGUGCAGCGUGUGGGCUGCCGGGGAGGGCACGAGUCUUCUCACCCUAGAGGGCAACUCCGAUGCUGCUUGCUCGGUGGCCUGGAGCCCAGACGGCCGCGCGCUGGCGACAGCCUCGUCGGAGGGUGCGGCCAUGCUUUGGGCCCGCGACAGCGGCCAGCGCAUGCGGGCGCUGGAAGGCCACCGUGCCAGGGUGCGCUGCGUUGCGUUCGGCCUGGACGGCCACGCGGUCGCGACGGCGUCGGACGAUCGCACCGCCAAGCUGUGGUGCCUGGAGAGCGGGCAGUGCGUGCGAACGCUGCGUGGCCACAAGGGCGAGGUGCUCUGCGUGGCCUUCAGCCCAGUCGGAAAAGCUGUGGCGACCGCCUCUGCGGACUCUACAGUCAGGCUGUGGUCCGCAGUGGCCUGGCAGCUCCUACGUACCUUCACGGGGCACUCCGGGAGAGUGCUCGGCGCGGCGUUCAGCCCGAACAGCCAGGCAGUGGUCACCGCAUCAGAGGACCGCACGGCCAAAUUGUGGUCGCUGGACACUGGGCGCUGCUUACGCACAUUUUCUGGCCACGAGGCGCGGGUCAAUUCCGCCACUUUCUCGACACAGUAG